AUCACGUAGAAAUAAGACAUGUAUACAGGGGGACCGUAAUGUAACCAUGUCUGCUUGUCUGAAGUGGACCCUCCUGAUUGUCAGCUCCAUGGCGGGCCACCUUGCAGCGGGAUUGAUUACUUUAUGUAUCUGAUUAUAUCCCAUUACAAAAUUUCGAUGAUAUGGCUACUUUCGUCAAUGAGGGGGAGGAGCUUUACUGAUGAUGUCAUUUCCCCUGUAUUUCAUUUGUCUAUUUAAAGUUGGACAACUCCAUGAACCUACAAAUGUCAAAAUAGAGUCCAGGAACUACAGUCUCUUUCUCACAUGGCUUCCAGCUCCUGAAAAUCCUUCUUCUGUAACCUAUGAAGUACAGUACACCAAUUUCACCUAUGACAGUGACACCAAUGAUACAUACAGAUGGACACCGGUCCCUACAUGUGAAAAUAUCUCCGCUACAGAGUGUAACUUUAGCUGUAUCCUUAUGAAAUUUUGGGACUGGAACCACACCGUACAGGUGCGGACUGUUUCUCCUGCCAGAUCUCCAUGGGUUCAAAUUCAAAAUAUAGAAUACAUGUUUACAGUGGACCCGGACCCUCCAAAUCUAACUGUAAAUCAAGGAGAUGACUAUAUAACUGUUAAGGCCUUGGCACAGAUGCCAGCUUGUGUACGACCAUACAUCUUUUAUAGGACUUUGAAAUAUUUUGUGAUGAUCCAGAAUAAAUACAAUACAAAUGAGGUCAUAGAACAAGAACUGGAUGGGCCUCCAAUCACAAUCAAAACUCUUGGAUACAAUGGAGAAUAUUGUGUUACUGCCAAAACAAUACUUACGACUGGUAAUGUUAAAAGGAGCAACUUCUCUUGUCCAAUUUGCCUCAAUUUCACCCCAAAAGAUGGGCGCGAUCACACAGUAUUACUUGCUGUGCCAGCACUUUUUCUAAUUUUCAGUGGUAUUGCUAUUAUAACUUGUCUGGUCUGGUAUAAGAUAAGAGUAACCUUCAAGAUGCCUCAAGCAUUGGAUUUUUCAAAUAACAAAUAUUGCCAGAAGAAUCCAUGUUUGGCAGAACUGGACCCCAAUAUAUAUCAUUCAGUUACCAUUUGUAAUAUGGCAGAAGAGGACUUCUCAACCAAACUUCAGAUUCCUGAUAUAUAUGAUGAUGGGGACAAUAUUUACCCAACCAAAGGCCGAGGAUACAUGGUGCGACCCUCUAUGCAAACUUUAGAUCCUCAUAGGCAGCUGUACUUUUCUUCUAAAGGCUUGGAGUUCAGUUCCAGCAGUGACCACUCUUCAUCUGGCUGUACCUGCCCAAAUACAUCAGGAUCAGUCACAAACAUGUUCUUCGAAGCAAAGAAUGAUCAAACUAGCGAUUGUUCUAAUGAGAUCAAUAUAGAUGUCUCAAGAGAUGUUCAAAUGUUUCCCUCUACAUCCAUUUCUGAGAGUAACCGGUUUGACAGUCUCCCUACAUCAGUCUCUAAUUCCUUAGGGAACGUGCUCUUUGAUACAUUGUGUAUAGGGGGCAAUAAUGAUCCUAUGGACAUCUCAGAUGGGGAAUCUGAUAACCAGUACUGCACAGACUCUGGGGACGACUUGGACUCACUCCAUACAGACUAUAAAAAGUCUGAUUCCAAAUUUAUUUCAGAAGAUCAAAACGCACAUAAAGACUGCAGUUCAGGCUACACACUGAGGACUUGCAUGUCAAGGAAAUAUUAAAUAUGGAGAAACAAAUAUAUUUAUUUAUGGCAGAUUAGGGCUAAUAUUGCAAUGGAUGGUAUAAAGCAUGUGUGUGUGUGUGUGUGUGUGUGUGUGUGUGUAUGUGUGUGUGUAUACCACCUAUAAUACAACAGAAAGAGUCUUGAUUUCUCUACAAGGAUUUUAUUGUUGUUCCAAAGCAUUAAAAAUGAGUAGACAAUGUUAAUUAAAAUGAUCCUAUUUUGUGUCUACAGUCCUAUACACACAAACCUAUGUGUUUCCUUGGUAACAAAAUGUGUAAAUGUUCCCAUGUGGUCAUAUUUCCAACCAUGUAUUCCCUACCUAGUGCUAACCUACCAAAUAAAUUAGCAAGGCUUAAGGAAGAAGGAAUAUGGAAGGGAGUACAAAUGAUCAGACUACACAGGGUUUGUUUGUUGUCUGUUACCAUGGAGACAUACAGGAUUGCAUAGUUUCUGUUAACCUAACUCUACAAAUAGUCUUAACUGUAAUUUGCAAUUUUCAAAAUUUGAAUUUCUCUGCUUUUAAGGCAGAUAGUGAUACCUCACAAAAUAGUUAUUACUUUAGAUUUCCCAUGUGUCUACUUUAUGUUGCAUUAUUUUGUAAACGUCACUUUAUUUUCUAAAGACCUUAGAAUGCUUAGAAUUUUAAAAGCAAUAAAAAAAAAAAAAUUUAAGCAAUCUAAAAAAAAAGCUGUCCUGGCACCAUUUUUAUUUUUUGUUUUUUUGCGAAGU